AUGGUCGAGUCGAAGAGCUUUCCCGCCGCCACUUCGCCGCAACUGCCGGCGCCAGGCGCGCGGCUUCCUUCGUCGCAGAGCUGCGGCGCUGCCGUUUCGCAGCGCCCCGCUUCCCCGCACGCGCGUUCCCCGUUCUCUUCGCCGCGUACCGCUUCCCCUCGUCCCCCCUCCCCGUUCUCCUCCCCGCGUCACGCUUCUCCGCUUUCCUCUCCUAGUAACGCCAACCAUUCCGGAGCGCGGCGCCUGCCGAGCGAUCAACAGUCCACAAGGCUUGGCCCCUCGCCAGCAGAAGCAGCUUACGUGGACUGGCCGUCAACUGACGUGUCACCGUCGGGAUUCUCACCCGCAGCGGCAGGCCCGCCGUCCCCGUCGACAGCAGGAGCGGCUGUAGCGGGGCUGCGGUCACGGAGCCGGCUCGGUCCAGGCUACAACCACGCGACAGCCGACGACGCCACAGGCAGCCCUCGCUGCGCCUCACCCCACCAUGCACCUGCCGCUAGUCCCGGGGCCGUUACCGCGUUAGCCCCUAGCGCAAACCGCACGGCACUAGGAGGUCCCGCUGCGAGCACGCAGGAAUGCGAGAAUCCGCUGGAUCCCGCGCGACCGCAGCCCAAGGCCACGUGGGGUAGCCCGCACGACGCGCACAGGCCGGUGUCCCCGAAAAACCAGCCGGUCCGCCGCUUUGCGCUUCCGCCAAAGCUGCUGUGCGGUUCCUUCUCGCCCUCCUCCCCGUCAUCCCUCUCCCCCGCCACCCCCUCCCCGGUCCAUCCCUUCUCCCCAGCCUCCCCUUCUGCCCGCAAACACUCCGGCGUGUUUCCGCAUUCCGCAUCUGCCCCUUUUUCUUGUCCCCCUUCCGCCUCCCCAGCAUCUCCCGCCUCCCCCACGCCCUCCGCCUCCCCCCCCUCCGCCUCGUGCUUCUCCUCCUCCUCAACCGCGUCGCACUCGCGUUUCGCAUCGCUGUCGCCAGCGUCGCCCCUGGGCGUGCUAAAGUCGCCCACGCCGCAUUCCCCGGCGAGCAGGAGCGCGUCGCCGCAGCCCAAGAGCCCGCUGGGGCGGACGACAGUCGCCGCGGGGACUUACACCAGCCCAUGCGCUGCUAGUGCCGCCGGUGAUAGCGCAAGCUGCAAAGGUGAAGGGACGUUUCGUCAGCAGCAGCAGCAGCAGGCGCAGAGGCGGGGGGCGAUCUCGGGGGCGCAAGGGCGGGCGUUCAGCAUCGCGGACUUGCUGCGCCUCCACUCGCGCUCGCUGUCUGCCCGCGCUGCGCCCGAUGCGCCAAUCUCCGCCACUUCACCCGCGCGCGGUGACUCGGACGAGACGGGUUCGUGGAGGCCCGACGCUCGCUUGCGAGGCGGGGAGGGGAUGAGCGGGCAGGCGCAGCAGCGGCAGGAGUCUCCCCAGCAGCGGCCGCGGCAGCGGGUUGGGGGGGAUGGGCAAAGAAGGCGGGCGAUAGUGCGGUGUGUAUCGGAGCAGGUGGAACGACGCAGUGCUUAUAGCGGGGAUGGGAUGACGGGCCAAGAGGGAAGGGGAGGUGAGGGGGAAGCGCGGAGGGCGAGCGCGCACGGGUGGGCGUCCGCCGACCUGGCGCUCAGACUGCAGCGCGCCGUUGCCACCGCUGCUCGCGGCCGCUCUGCUGCUGCGCCCGCUGCGAGCGCCGCUACUGUUGCUGCCGCCACUUGCGCCAACUCUGCUGCUGCGAGCGGCAAUGCUGCUGCAAGGCAUGGCGCUGUUGCUGGUAACAGGGUUACCAGUUCAGGUGAGGACGCAGAAACUAGACACGGGGAUGGGGGAGAGGGGGAAAAAGAGGAGUGCUUAGAAAGGGGGAGCGGUUGGAGCGUUGAUGGGGAGGUGGAAGGACAGGCGGAGGAGAGCGCGGAGAGGAGGGAGGAAGGCGGGUGGGAGGUGGCUCACGGGCAUGGGGAGAGGCACGGGGAGUGGCACGGAGAGAUGCAGGGGGAAAGGCACGGGGAGAAGCACGAGGAGAGGCAGGGGGAGAGGCACGGGGAGAGGCAGGGGGAGUGGCAGGGGGAGAGGCACGGGGAGAGGCAGGGGUGCAGCGGCAGCAGCAGCAACAGCGGCAGCAUGCCGCAGUGCCCGGGCGCGUUCCUGGGCAGCAGCAGCUCGUUCAACGCGCGCCCCCGCUUCCCCGUCAACGCCUCCACCUCCGCCGCCGCCGCCGCCCUCGCCGCCGGGGGCAGCUGCCGGCGCAGCAGCAGCCGCCUGGCGCUCUCGGACCUGUACAGCAGCAGCCGGGACUCGCGGCCCGCUGGGCACGGGACGGGCGCCCACACUGGUGCCACUAGCACCAGUGGCGGGGGGGAUGCUAGCGGGCGUGUGAGCAGCAAGGGGGGCAGCAGCAUGGGUUGGGGCAGCAGGAGCGGGCGCGAGGUGUGGAAGGGCGCGCGGGACACGCAUGGCACGCAGUCCAGCCUGUUUCAGGGGGGAGGCAGUGGCAGGCUGCUGGGACUCACUCUCAGCCCGCUGAGAGCCAGGGCCGGCGCAGAUGGGAAGAGUGGGCGACAAGGUGAUGGCAGGGGGGUGAGCGGGCCUCUUUCCCCGGCCGUUGUGCCGCGCUCGCCUUCCAGUGUGGGCCUGCUGCCCUUCCCCACCGCCGCUGCUCCUCCUUCUCUUCACUCGCCCGUGCUCGUGCCGGGGGCUGCUUUGCCUGGUUCGCCGCUGCCACACCAGAGAGGGAGGCUCGGGAGAGAGGCGUGGCAGCAACAGCAGCAGCAGCAGCAGCAGCAGCAGCAGCAGCAGCAGCAGCAGCAGCAGCAGCAGCAGCAGCAGCAGCAGCAGCAGCAGCAGCAGCAGCAGCAGCAGCAGCAGCAGUUGGGGCAGCAGCAUAGUGAGCAGAGUGAGGUGCAUCACGAGCAUCAUCAUCAGCAGCAUGUCACAACGAGCCUCCACCAGCACACACAAGUGUCGUGUGUUGGUUUCAGUGUCAGCACUGUCAAAAGCACAAGCACACACGCCACCGUCACACAGCAAAGCUGCAGCAGAGCCACUUCAGAAGCAGCAGCGGCAGCUCAAGUCCACCAGUCCCCUGCAUCAGCGCGCCCAGGUGCGCCCCCAGCAGCCAUGGCACCGCUGGUUGCCAAAUCUGGAGGCGAGGCUUGGGCAGCCGCAGCCAAGGGAGCUCCUGACGGAAGCCAAGGGUCGGAAGAGCAGGCUCGGCAGCAGCGGCUGUGGAGGCAGUCAGAGCGGGCAGCGGAGCGGAGGAGGAAAGCACGGGCGAGUGAUUUUGUGCUGAGGAAGCCAUAUGCCGACAUCCGUGAGGAGUACGUGGUGGCUCGCAAGGAGAUCGGCAGCGGGCAGUUCGGCAUCAUCCGCAAGUGCGUGCAGCGCCAGUCGGGGCUCACGUUCGCCUGCAAGACGAUCGCCAAGGCGGGCAUUCUGACGGCGGAGGAUGCGGAGGACGUGCGCAACGAGGUGGGGUUCCUGGAGGAGCUGCGCGGCCACCCCCACAUCGUGGCGGUGCAUGCGACGUACGAGGAUGACGACAACAUCCACAUCGUCAUGGAGCUCUGCAAGGGAGGGGACCUCUUUGACCGCAUCAAGCUGCGCGGCCGCAUGCCUGAGCCCGCCGCUGCUGCCAUCUGCAAGGCGCUGGUGGGCGUGCUGCUGCACUGCCAUGUGCGCGGUGUGCUGCACAUGGACGUGAAGCCCGAGAACGUGCUCAUGUGUGACCGCUGCGACGACACACACAUCAAGCUCAUCGACUUUGGCGUCGCCACGCGCUUCACUGCAGGCGUGCCGUGCCGGGAGGUGCUAGGCACGCCCGAGUACAUCGCCCCGGAGGUGCUCAAGGGGGCGUACGGCCCGCCCGCUGACCUCUGGAGCGCCGGUGUCGUGCUCUAUGUGAUGCUGGCCGCGGCGCCUCCCUUUUGGGAGCGCGCGAGUAAGACGCUCAAGGAGUCCAUUUUGGGGGAUGACGUGCCCUUCACCCAAAGCAAGUGGGGCGACCGAUCUGCCUCCGCCUCUAGAUCACAAACUCGUGCUCCAUUUCACGAAUCUGACAUUUCGACGAUGGGCACGGGACUGACGCUCUACGGCCACGUGCACUCGCCAUUCGUGCGUCGCGUGCUGCUGACGCUCUACGAGAUGGGCGUCGAGGAUUUCGAGAUGAAGGUGGUGAACACGAGCAAGGGCGACAACAAGACGCCCGAGUACCUCGCCAUGAACCCUUUCGGCAAGAUGCCAGUGCUGGACGACAACGGCCGCUACCUCUAUGAGUCGCGCGCCAUCAUGCGGUACAUAGCGGAGAAGUACGCGGAGGGCAAGGCGAACCUGGUGGGGGGCGACGUGUGGGAGCGCGCGGAGGUGAGCCAGUGGACGGACGUGGAGGCGCACAGCGUGACGGAGCAGGUGGCGGUGGUGGUGGAGGAGAACUUCCUCAAACAGCUCAUGGGCAAGGGCGAGCCUGACAAGGCGCGCGCCGACGCUGCUAUUGAGAAGCUGGGGCGGCUGUUUGACAUCUACGAGAAGCACCUGCAGGGGCGUGAGUACCUGGUGGGCGGGCGCUGCACGCUGGCGGACCUGACCCACCUGCUGUACACGGAGAUCCUCUUCCACGCGGGCGCCGGUGACCUCAUCACAUCACGCCCCAACGUGGCGCGGUGGUGGGAGCGCAUCUCGUCACGGCCUGCGUGGAAGAAGGUGCAACAGAUGGAGCCCAUCCCCGCCUGA